UGCUCGAUUCAAAGGCGCUUGGCUCGAAGACGAGCCAUUUCCUCUCGUGGCUGAGGACGCAAGGCGCCCUAAGCAAUGCGCAGCAAUCGGCGCUCUCGAUUGGCGCUUGUUCUUCCGGGCGUGGAAUGUUUGCGUCUCGUCCAAUUCGAGCUGGAGAGCGCAUGCUGGAAGUUCCACCUAGUCUUAUGAUCACUUCUCGAAGCCUGCAACACGAAGUCGCGAGAUUCUUGCCUGCGCAGGCCACAGAAUGGUCGCGGCUGGCUCUUUUCAUCCUCGCCCAGUGGAACAAAGGCCAGAACUCAGCCUGGGAUCCUUACAUGGGAAUUCUUCCCUCGCUGGUUGAACUAAACAACACAGUGUUUUGGAAGCAGGAAGAGCUUCAAUGUGUGAGGCACAGUCCGGUUUAUUUCAAGACUACGCAACGCGAGAGGUGGCUGGAUAUGGAAUUUUCGGACGUCCAGAGUGCAAUCUCUCGUUGUCGCCAUAUCUUUGGAGAAACUGCGUCUUACGAUGCCUUCAAGCACGCAUACUCGAUAGUGGCGACGCGCUCUUGGCGAGUGACGGACAUCUGCGAGCUGGGAAUGGUUCCUUACGUUGAUCUCAUCAAUCACGACUGGAAGUGCGAGUCUAUUCUUUCGCAUGACCCCGAUAAAAACUGCGUCGUAGUUAUAGCAGAUCGAGAUUACGCUACUGGUGAUGAAGUGUUCAUCAGCUAUGGCCAGCUUCCAAAUGUUACACUGGCUGUGGACUAUGGAUUCGCUCUUUCUUACAAUCCCUUUGACGAGGCGGAAAUCUGGGUGACCAUCUCCCCAGACGAUCCGCUCUACGACGCAAAACUUGACGUCUUCUCCAGGAACAAGAUCAAAAUAACAGAGGAAGAAGAUGGCAGUAUGGGAAAAGCUUUUGUCAUCCAGGAUAUGAACUCAAAUCCGAAUGGAAUUCCACCCGGCCUUCGCAGUUUUGCUCGAGUUCUUUGCGCAAAAACCCCCGAAGAACUUGAGCGACUGGACGCGAGCUCCGCUGGGAGCGGCAAUUUUUCCUGGGAUCAAGAUAACCAACACAAAGAUCGAUGUGCUCUACUAGAAAUCCUCUCCCAGCUCGACAAUCUUAUCGAGAAAUAUGUAGCAGCGGACUUGGCAGGAGAUGUCCACGGCAUUGUGCACGAACCGCGACGAGAAAUGGCCAAGGCCAUUUUAGAUGGCGAGCUGCGAACGCUUCGAUCGGGCAGUAGCUGGCUGAAAAGUCAACUAGUCAACGCAUAAGUCAACGUUAGUGACACGAGAAAGGCUAGAACCCUAAGCUCUAGGCCACGGAAAUGAUGAGAUGGGCUAUAGCGGUGGUUUCAGUUUCCACUGCGACAGCUUUGCUUAUUCAAGUUUGGAGAUUGAAAAGAAAGUGUGUCAAACUGGAGCUCAAGCUCGUUGAAUCAGACGACGCUUUGCAAAUAUCCCAGAAGCAAAGAGCCGAAGAAAGAACGGGCCGAAUUCGUGCACAGCGUGACUUGCGAAAAAACUUGAUGCAAUGCAAUGUCAUUGGAAAAACUCCCACAUCGUCCUUUCCCAUGACACCAAUCGGGUAUAUGAGAUCAUGUUAUUCAACAAGAAAUGGAACUCCUCGUCAACCUCUCCUCGUAACACUUGCUAAAUCGCGCUUGGUUUUGUCCUCCGGGGUGCCUGCC